AUGUCAAACGACGCUACAGACGCAGAAGCCCUUGAUGCGAGCUCCAGCGUUACCGCGCCUCUACUGUCGGAGGAAGGCAGUGACGCCAAGGACCCCCACGAAGGCUGCUGCACAGAGCGCUUUGAACACCGAGGGAGUGGCUGGAGCUAUCGAGACGACGAGCUCAGUCUCAGCAACAACAACAACAACAGCAGCAGCAGCAGCAGCAGCCAGAAUCUGCCCACGGCGAAGUAUACCUGGAAGCAGGCAUCGAGCAACAACCUAGAGCUUGUCAAAAAGUGUAUUGAGGUGCAUGGCGUCCCUGUCGAUUACACAGACGAAGACGGCAACAGCGCACUUCAUUUUGCCGCGCAAGAGGCUUCCAUGGAUGUAUUGCGCUACCUGGUUGAGGAUUGCAAGGCCAGUAUCAAUGUGCGCAGUGGAAAUUUCAAAGCAGCCGCCGUUGUUCUGGGCAAUCUCGGCCCAAAAGAUGGACGCAAUUAUGUUUCUGCUCGACCAUGGUGCCAAUGCCAGCCUGCAGGAUUCGACUGGCAACAGCGCACUUCAUGUCGCGAUUCACUCGGGCUCGGUGCCCAUCACCAUCUAUAUCGCGUGCACUCAGCAUGCAGUGCUGGGACACACAGUCGACAUGGUGGACUUCAAUGGGAUCACGCCGUUGAUCCCGAGCUGGCCGCGCUUCUUAUCAGGCUUGGUGCAGACAUCAACAAGCAGGACUCGCGGGGGCAAACGUCUCUGUACUUUGCGCUGAUCCGCGGCGGCUACUCUGACAUCGAUUUUUUGCUGGAAAAGGGCGCUGACCCGAAUUUGCGCGAGUACGGAAAUGGCGACGCUGCUUCGCCGACAGGGAAUACGGUAUUCGAUCUCGCAGCAAGCAUUGGCUACAAAGCGGAGUUUGAGAAGCAGGUCAAAUGGGCGCAAGAGCGGCGCGCGAUGGCGGAUCCUGGACCAGCAUUCUGCAAUCGGUCAAUUCGCAGAGAGAUAGCGCCUUCACUCAUGGCACUGGGUGGUGUCAGCCUGGCCCUGGUGGCCAUAUCACUAUACCCAUGGUUUGUUGGUGUGUUCAUGGGCAUCGCCAUUCUGGCGGCCAUGCACUUUACAGUGGUCCGGUUUAUUGUUAAGGCGCCCAACAUCCACUAUCUGCAGCAGACACCGUACCUGUCUGCCAUCUUUCCAGACCUCUGCGCUUCUGGUGCUGCUGACUUGGCUUUUCCGGAUUCCUGCCUCUGCAUGUACUACUUUUACCGUGCGCUGCUCCAGUCACCCGGGUUCCUUCCCCGCAACCAUGACAUGCAGUCUGCCGAGCAUGUUGUGCGCGAGCUGGCGCAAAAAAACAUGCUUGACCUGGACCACUUCUGCCGCACCUGUCUGAGCACCCGCCCGCUGCGCUCCAAACACUGUCGCCAGUGCAACCGGUGUGUUGCGCGGUUCGACCACCACUGCCCGUGGACAUACAACUGCGUCGGCGUCAGCAACCAUCAGUACUUUAUGCUGUUCCUGAUCCUGCUGUUUGUGUCUAUAUGCCAAUUCCUGCCUUUGGUCGCGCGGUACCUCAACAUUAUAUACAUCGUGUAUGACCCGAUACCUGGCGAGCCAUGCUACUUGAAUGAUUUCAUGUGCGGGUCGUUCCAAGAGGACUCGUGGACACUGGUCGUAUCUAUCUGGACCACAUUCAACUGCGCCUGGGCCGGUUUCCUGAUGGCCUCGCAGCUAUUCCAAAUCUCAUUCGGGCGCACGACCAACGAGCAGCUGACUGGUUACUCGCGUGUUGCGCCCAAAUCUGGCAAGACAUGUAAGCAUGGUCACGGCCACGGUCAUGGUCACGGCCACAACCAUAGCCAUAGCCAUGGGCACAAUCACGGUGGACACGGCCAGCGGAAUGGUGUUGUUGGCAAGGCUGCAUCGCGCAUUCGCUCGCUGAUUAUUGGUCUUGGUGGGUCGGUUGAGUCCAACGAGGGCACACCAGCUGGAUCCAGCACACCAGCAGCUCGGGGCACCGACCUUGAGGCGCAGGUGCCACGGCCACUCACUGCAACAAAUACCGGGUCAUCUGGGGAGCUGGUGCCAGAUGGGCCCGAUGGGUCAGGCCCGGCAUUCGCACUGCGGACAAUGGAUAAUUUGCGACUACAGAGCGUGAAUGGCGUGUCAGUGAAGAAGGACCCGUACAGUUUUGGUGUGGUGGACAACUGUCUGGGCUUCUGGACAAGGUGA